GUGAGCAGCAAGUCGAUCGAAAUAUCGCCGUAAGCCGACACCCGGCGUUGCAGUCACCCCAUGCUGGGCGACGUCCGCAGCCGCAGCUGCCGCUGACGGCCGGUCUGCUGGCCUGCGUCGUCUCGCUCACCGUGCUGAUUCUCUACGGACGUGACGCCGGGGUCGACCUACGCGCGCUCUCCUCACCAGGAUGGCCGGAGUACGUGCCGGUGGCGUCACUCCUGCAGGCGGCGAACGUCUCACGGUUCGACACCGCGCCCGGCGUGAACCCGUACCCAUGGCAUUUCUUCCUGCUGAAGCGCUGGGACAAACAGGUGAUCGUGCCGGGCGCCAGCGGCGUGCAGCGUGGCCCGCUGCCGGGGCCCGAGUCGCACGAGCUCGCUGCCGUGCUCAACACCUCGCUGGUCGAGCUGCGCCUGCGCACCGGUGACGAGGCGUACUCAACAGCCGACUCGCUGGGCGGCCGGUACCGGCUGCUGCCCGGCGCCGGCGUGCAGUACGAGGUGUACUACCGGUCACGCGACGCCGUGCCCGGUGGCUUCCACACGGUGCGGCUGGCGCGCCGGCUGAUGCCGCUCGUCGUGCAGUACAGCGGCCGCAGCGGCACGCAGCUGAUCAACGUGGUGCUGCCCUACUACAACCGCUUCACCACGCUCGACCGCUUCGUCAGCCGGUUCACGAAGCUGGUGCUGGACGGGCAGCAGCACCUGAUGCUGACGGUGGUGCGCUACACGGACGGCUUCCCCACGAUGGGUGAGGACGAGGGCAAGCGCGACCACGACAACGUGGUGAAGUGCAUCAACGAGGCCAACCUCAAGAUGGGCGGCGGCGAGUCUCGCAUUCGGCUGGUGGAGAAGCACGCUAUCUUCUCGCGCGGCGCCGCCCUGAUGGAGGGCGCGCGCGCCUGGGACUCGCGCCAGGACGUCAUCCUCUUCCUCUGCGAUGUUGACAUCGCAUUCGGCAAGAGCUUCCUGCAGCGGUGCCGCGCUAACACGCAGCCGGCGCAGAAGGCCUACUUCCCGGUGGUAUUCAGCUCGUACAACCCCGACAUUGUUUACAGCGUCAUAAAAAAGAAGCCGGUGCCUGUGCUCACCAACUAUGACCGCAAGAGACUCAUAAACCGGGAUCUCGGAUACUGGAUCGACUUCGGCUUCGGCAUGAGCUGCCAAUACCUGUCCGACUUCCGCCGGCUGAGUGGCGACUUCCUCAACAUCACCGGCUGGGGUUUGGAGGACGUGCGUCUAUACGAGCAGUUCCAGAAGAGCAGCGUGGGCAUCGUGCGCAUGCCCGACCCCGACCUGGUGCACGUCUAUCACAAGAAGCAGUGCAGCAAGUACGAGGUGGGCAGGCGGUUCAACUCGUGUCUCAAGUCAAAGGCGCUCAACGAAGCGUCCAGACUCGAGUGGGGCCUGUGGGUGUACAAAAACAUGGGUGACACAGACGACGUGCGGGAGUUUUUGAAGAUUUUCCAGCAGGCUCAGGUUGCCGGCGGGGGCUGAUGCGUGCGCAGCGCACCCCAGCAGCCGAACGCGACCCGUGGCCAAGACUCGUGAGAGUGAGAAUGCGGCGCUGCGGCCGGACCUGCCGAAGAUCUUGUCCGUGUGGUGCUCUGGACUGACCGCGCGCCAGCCAGGCGUGUCCAAAGAGCCUCUGCCAUGCUGCCUCUCGCGCACACGCACCACGUGCACGUGGGAGUAGAUCCCAUCCUUGUUUCGGGAGCUAUCUGCUUCAGCGCCGAGGACCAGCCAGAUUCGCUGCAUUGGUACAUCCCACUCGAAAGCUGUUGGCGCCGGUGCGAUUUCGCACGCGACCAAAAUGGGUGCCCGAAGGGCGUUGCAAACACGUUUAGGUUUUAUCAGAUAGCAGAAUGUUGUUGGUGCCAUGCAGUGAUGGGCGUGUGAUGUGUUCGCUGUUGUUAUGAGUAUGCGUGCAAUUGUGAUAGCCGCUUUGCAAAAUUUAGCUGGUUGCUCUGGACCGCCUGCCGUUUGUAUUGCCACCAUCUCAAGCAGCUCCUUUGCGAUAGAUAGAUGCAGGCGUGCGCGAGUAAUUUGCGAGCGUUUAUGAAAUAUAAUGUUUGUA